AUGGCCCACAAGACAGCUGGCGGUAACGCCGCUUUCCACAACUUCAACAACGACUUUGCGCACAUUGAGGACCCUAAUGAGCGACGCCGGCUUGCACUCGCUGAGAUCGACAAGGCACCAUUUGGCUGGUACCAUGUACGCGCCAUCCUUGUUGCCGGCACUGGUUUCUUCACGGACAGUUAUGACAUCUUCUGCGUAUCUCUCUUGACGAUCAUGCUGGGUAUUGUCUACAAGCACGACAACAAGGGUGUUUUGUACACCCAACAAGACACGGCUAUCAAGCUUGCGACCUCAGCUGGUACUGUUCUUGGCCAAGUCGGUUUCGGUACACUCGCCGACAUCGUUGGCCGUAAGAAGAUGUAUGGCCUUGAGCUGAUUCUCAUCAUUGUCGCCACGCUCGCUCAGUCCCUCACUGGUCCUGGUCCCGGAACUUCAAUCGUUGGUCUGAUCAUCUUCUGGCGUGUAUUGAUGGGAAUUGGUAUCGGUGGUGAUUACCCACUCUCCUCCAUUAUCACCUCCGAGUUCGCCACCACUAAGUGGCGUGGUGCCAUGAUGGGUGCCGUCUUUGCUAUGCAAGGUUUCGGUCAGCUCGGUGGUGCUCUUGUUAUGCUUUGCCUGGUCGCUGGUUUCAAGGACACCCUUAAGGGAGUUGCUGGCUACGCGGACUGUGACGGUCAAUGCGCUGUAGCUGUCGACAAGAUGUGGCGCGCUCUCAUCGGAAUCGGCAUCGUCCCAGCUUGUAUCGCGCUCUACUACCGCCUCACUAUUCCCGAGACGCCUCGCUAUACCUUCGAUGUCGCCCGUGACGUUGAGAAGGCAAACGAAGACACUAAGCAGUACCUUUCUGGUAAGCACGGUAACGGUAACCCUGAUGCGAUCACCCAAGCUGCUCAGCUACAAACCACUGCUCAGCUCGAAGUUCCCAAGGCAUCUUUCAAGGACUUCUUCAGGUUCUACGCCAAGAUUCGCAACGGCAAGAUUCUCUUCGGCACUGCCAUGUCGUGGCUCCUGCUCGAUGUCGCGUUCUACGGAUUGGGUCUGAACUCGUCAACUGUGCUCCAGGCUAUUGGUUACGCUAGCGGUACAACCCUCUACGAGAAGCUGUACAACCUUGCUGCUGGUAAUGCUAUUCUGGUCUGCGCUGGCGCCAUCCCUGGAUACUGGCUGGCGGUCGCAACCAUUGAUACCGUCGGACGCAAGACCCUGCAGCUGGCUGGCUUCACUAUCCUCACCAUCCUCUUUAUUGUAUGGGGUUUCGCCUACACGCAUCUCAGCCACCACGCCAUGUUGGCCAUCUAUGUUCUGAUUCAACUCUUCUUCAACUGGGGUCCCAACACUACCACCUUCAUCGUACCCGGAGAGUGCUUCCCUACCCGCUACCGUUCGACUUCUCACGGCAUUUCCGCGGGUUCAGGAAAGAUUGGGUCCAUCAUCGCUCAAGGUGCUAUCGCUCCCCUUCGAACCCGAGGCCAUGUUACCAAGGAGAAUGCCAACCCUUGGUUGAACCAUGUCAUGCAGAUCUUCUCUGCUUUCAUGUUCGCUGGUAUCUUCACUACUCUCCUCAUUCCAGAGACCAAGCGCAGAACUCUAGAAGACCUUGCGCAAGAUUGGGAUAUGGGUGAUGAGUCCAUCACUGGUGCGGAGCAUGCCGUACGCAAGGACAACCGCAGCAGCGACGAGGCUGGAACCACUGAGCUCAAGGCUUAG